AUGUCGAUCUUCUGGAAGCAUCUAAAGUCAUCGUCUCCGUUACUUCAACGCCUCAAACGCCACGUCACCGGCGGUCACUAUUUACUCUCGCGAUCUUUCACCACGACGGAAGGUCAUCGCCCUACUAUCGUCCAUAAACGUAGUCUCGACAUUCUUCACGAUCCAUGGUUCAAUAAAGGAACAGCCUUUUCGAUGACCGAACGAGACCGUCUUGAUCUACGAGGACUGCUUCCUCCAAAUGUUGUGUCUUCUGAAGUACAGAUUGAGCGCUUCAUGGUUGAUCUGAAAAGGCUUGAAGUUCAAGCAAGAGAUGGACCUUCUGAUCCAAAUGCACUGGCCAAAUGGCGGAUACUAAAUCGCUUGCACGACAGAAAUGAGACUAUGUAUUAUAAAGUUUUGAUUGCCAACAUUGAGGAAUAUGCACCAGUAGUAUAUACUCCAACCGUGGGUCUUGUAUGUCAGAACUAUAGUGGACUGUUUAGAAGGCCGAGAGGAAUGUAUUUCAGUGCUGAGGAUCGAGGAGAAAUGAUGUCCAUGGUUUACAACUGGCCAGCUGAUCAGGUCGAUAUGAUUGUAGUUACCGAUGGGAGCAGAAUUCUAGGACUUGGAGAUCUUGGUGUUCAAGGAAUUGGCAUUGCCAUUGGGAAGCUUGAUCUAUAUGUUGCUGCUGCUGGCAUAAAUCCUCAAAGGGUACUUCCUGUGAUGAUUGAUGUUGGUACUAACAACACAAAGUUACUCGAAGAUCCCUUAUAUUUAGGAUUGCAACAACAUCGCCUUGACGGGGAUGACUAUCUUGCUGUUAUUGAUGAAUUUAUGGAAGCUGUCUUUACUCGCUGGCCUAAUGUGAUUGUACAGUUUGAAGAUUUUCAAAGCAAGUGGGCUUUCAAAUUAUUACAACGGUAUAGAACUACCUACCGAAUGUUUAAUGAUGAUGUGCAGGGGACAGCUGGUGUUGCAAUAGCUGGGCUUCUAGGUGCUGUAAGAGCUCAAGGAAGGCCAAUGAUUGACUUCCCCAAGCAGAAGAUAGUUGUUGCUGGUGCUGGAAGUGCUGGAAUCGGUGUUCUUAAUGCAGCAAGAAAAACAAUGGCAAGAAUGCUGGGUAAUAAUGAAGUCGCUUUUCAGAGUGCAAAGAGUCAAUUUUGGGUUGUUGAUGCAAAGGGAUUAAUCACAGAAGGACGUGAAAAUAUUGAUCCAGAUGCUCUUCCUUUUGCAAGAAAUUUGAAAGAAAUGGAUCGCCAAGGACUAAGGGAAGGAGCAAGUCUUGCGGAAGUGGUUAAGCAAGUGAAGCCUGAUGUCCUCCUAGGACUAUCUGCUGUUGGAGGAUUGUUCUCAAAGGAGGUACUAGAGGCCCUCAAGGGGUCAACGUCAACAAGACCAGCCAUAUUUGCCAUGUCAAAUCCAACAAAAAAUGCUGAAUGCACUCCUGAAGAAGCGUUCUCCAUUUUAGGCGACAACAUUAUAUUUGCAAGUGGAAGUCCAUUUAGUGAUGUGGAUCUCGGAAAUGGACAUAUUGGACACUGCAACCAGGGAAACAACAUGUACCUAUUUCCGGGUAUUGGCCUUGGAACUCUUUUGUCUGGCUCUAGGAUUGUAUCUGAUGGCAUGCUACAGGCUGCUGCUGAGCGUCUGGCUGCAUAUAUGAGUGAAGAGGAGGUCCUCAAAGGGGUUAUUUUCCCUUCAACAUCCAGAAUCCGAGAUAUUACCUUGGAGGUAGCUGCAGCUGUUAUAGAAGAGGCCGUGGAGGAGGAUCUAGCUGAAGGAUAUCAUGAAAUGGAUGCUAGAGAGCUCCGCAGACUUAGUCAGGAUGAAAUUAAGGAUUAUGUAAAGAAUAACAUGUGGAAUCCAGAGUACCCAACAUUAGUAUACAGGCAUGAAUGA